ACAUUUCACACACAACAUAUCAGUGACUACGGUCACAGUAUAUCAGCGAUUCGUGCGAUUUGUAGAGUCCGUUGAUUUAGUGCUUGUCACAAAAACUUGAUAUAAACUGACAACCUACAGCACCGAGGAGCGAGGACAGCAACCAGUGGGCAGUAACAAGUAGAGCGGUGGUAAAAGCGUUUAUAGCCACUGCAUGUAUCUAUUGUUGGAUUCAUAGUUGAGAAAUCAUAUAAAAUAAAGAGGGUGAAGAAGAAAAAACAAAAAUUAAAACAGAUAAGAACCCAAGCGAUACUCGGGCACAAUACAGUAUAAGCAACUGGUCAAGAUUAACUGCACACACCUAUUUCUCAUUCUGGAAUAACGAGAUAUGGACGAUGACGAUCAAUAUCAAACCGGCUACGACGUCGGAUCCUUUCCGAAGGACUUUGGCUACACACCGUUCGACGGUGAAGGUGAUGGACCGGUCGGUCCCUUGGCCGGAGAUCAGAAGCCUAGAAUAUUGCUCAUGGGAUUAAGAAGGAGCGGUAAAUCGUCGAUACAGAAGGUCGUUUUUCACAAAAUGUCACCAAACGAGACACUGUUUCUAGAAAGUACGAAUAAGAUAAUCAAAGAUGACAUAAGCAACUCGAGUUUUGUCCAGUUCCAAAUAUGGGACUUUCCAGGGCAAAUAGAUUUCUUCGAUCCAACUUUUGACAGCGACAUGAUAUUCGGCGGUUGCGGAGCAUUGGUAUUUGUCAUAGAUGCUCAAGAUGAUUACAUGGAGGCAUUGAACAAAUUGCACCUGACCGUAACGAAGGCUUACAAAGUUAAUCAGGCCAUAAAAUUCGAAGUCUUUAUACACAAGGUAGAUGGCCUUUCAGAUGAUCACAAAAUGGAAACGCAACGAGAUAUUCAUACGCGAGCUAAUGAUGACCUCGCCGAUUCUGGAUUCGACCAAAUUCACCUGAGCUUUCAUCUCACAUCAAUAUAUGACCACAGCAUAUUUGAAGCGUUCAGCAAAGUGGUUCAGAAACUGAUACCGCAAUUACCAACACUUGAGAAUCUCCUAAAUAUUCUUAUAUCGAACUCUGCAAUUGAGAAGGCUUUUUUAUUCGACGUUGUUUCCAAGAUAUACAUAGCAACGGACAGUUCACCAGUCGAUAUGCAAAGUUACGAGCUUUGCUGUGAUAUGAUAGACGUUGUGAUCGACGUAUCGUGUAUCUACGGUUUAAGGGAAGAUCACGAAGCUGCCGCUUUUGACAAUCAAAGCUCAAGUUUAAUCAAACUCAAUAACGGUACAAUUUUGUACCUGCGAGAAGUAAACAAAUUCUUGGCACUGGUCUGCAUUUUGCGCGAGAACAAUUUUGACAGGCAAGGUGUGAUCGACUACAACUUUUUAUGUUUCCGAAAAGCUAUACAGCAAGUUUUUGAACUUCGCAACAAAGCACUCGCAGCAGCCAGCAUGAACAAUCAUUCCACGUCCCCAGUAAGUGCCAACGAAUCUGCCACCGAUGUUCCUGUACCGCAAACAAACGCGAUCGGACAAAAUGGCACCAUUGCCUUAACCCAGAGCGAACCGAUUCCUCGGCAUAUAGACACCUCACUCGCUCUGACCUAGAAUUCUAAAACUCGUCCCUUCGCACCAAUCCGACUCUUCCUCUCUUUCGAUGCCUUUGAUACACUCGUCCAGUUCAUCGCAGAGCGAAUCUGCGCUAGAGUUCACGGCGUACAACUUGAGACGUUCCUCGUACCGAUACCAGCGCAAGUAGGAAAACGUUUGUUCGUACUCCGUUGCUGCCUUGACUUGUUCGCUCAGUUGAACCGCUAGACUG